AUGUUCGAAACAAAAGGAAAGUCUGAAGAAAGAAUAAGACUAAUAUCAUUGUCACAUUUUCAACGUAAUAAAGUUGGAAGAAAAUCUUAUCACGAAUUAUAUCCAGAUAUAAUAACUGAAUUAAAAAAAUUAUUAAAUACACACAGUGGUUCUGCACAAGAUAGACGUCGUGACGAUGCAAUACGUUUCAAUGGUUUAUCGAUAGUUGAUUGUAAUAAACAUAUUAAAAAAAGAUUAAUGAAAAAAUACUCAAAAAUCAAUAAAAUAUCAAAUUCUACUAUUCGUCGUUAUUUUUUACCUCCAAAAAAUAAUAUUCAAAGUAGUAAAUUUUACAAAAGUCAUAUAUUAGCGAAAAUUCCACAAAAACGUAAUUCAAAAUCGAUAAAAGAGCAUUGUGACUUUCAUUUUACAUGUGCGUUAGUCAAUUACGUCGAAGAAUUGUCUAGUUUAUACAACGACGAAAUAUUAGCACUAUCCUGUGAUAAUAAAGCAAAAAUACCAUUAGGUGCACCCGCCGUUAGCCGUUAUGUGCGUAGUAGAAAAUUUCAUCUGGUUGAAAAGCAGCCAAAUUUACCUGAUCAUGAUUUUCCAAGACAUGGUAUUAGAAUCAAUCCAUCUGCAUAUGCUGUAUUAUCAAAUCAACGGAAACGAUCAUCUAGUAUUGAUAGUCAUCCAUCAUGUGAAUUGAAGGUCAAGAAAAGAUCAAGAUCUUGCGAUGAUCGAUUAUUUCCAGAUAUAAAAUAUGAUACUAAUAUGACGACUGACAAAAGAAAUCUUGAACAUGUUACAUGGAGUAGAACCGGGCAAUGA